UUGUCCACAUUCAUUCAUUAAUUACCAUCGGUUUCCUCGAACGAACAAACUCAUAGACAACCUCAAACUUCAAACCCAGAAAAAGAAAAUAAAAUCAACUUUCAUUCCGUUUCUUUCUUUCUUUCCCUUUGCCAAAUUUUACAUUAAUUACAUGACAUGGCAUAAUACACAUCACACCACCCUCUCUCUAUAUAUACCGUACCUCUCAGAUUCAGACAGAAACUCAAUUGCUUCUUCUUUUUGUUUCCUGUAAUCCAGGAAAUGAAAUUGCUAGCUUAAUAUUGAUCUGUAGAGAAGACAAGGGAACUUGCUUGCUAUGGCAACUCUGAGCAAUUCAACUAAUAUCUUUUGGCAAGAUUGUCAAGUAGGAAGGCUUGAAAGGCAGAAGCUACUUAACCAAAAGGGAUGUGUUGUAUGGAUUACUGGACUCAGCGGAUCAGGAAAAAGCACAUUGGCAUGUUCCCUAAGCAGAGAACUGCACUCAAAGGGAAAGUUAUCUUAUGUCCUUGAUGGAGAUAACCUUCGACAUGGACUAAACAAGGAUCUUGGUUUCAAAGCCGAAGAUCGCGCUGAAAAUAUUCGCAGAACUGGAGAAGUGGCAAAACUGUUUGCUGAUGCUGGCUUAAUAUGUGUUGCUAGUCUGAUAUCUCCUUACAGAAGAGACCGAGACACUUGCCGUGCCAUGUUACCUGAUGCAAAUUUUAUUGAGGUUUUCAUGAACAUGCCUCUAGAAUUGUGUGAGGCACGAGAUCCAAAAGGCCUCUAUAAGCUUGCUCGUGCGGGGAAAAUCAAAGGUUUUACCGGCAUUGAUGAUCCUUAUGAACCACCCAUAAACUGUGAGAUUGAAAUAAAGCAGGAAAAUGGGGAUUGUCCAACACCCACUUUGAUGGCUGGACAAGUAGUUACUUACUUGGAGAAUAAAGGAUUUCUUGAAUCCUAGGGUUUUUAAGUUUAAUCACAUUUGUAAUGGGAUUAUUCUCUCAUAAUGAUGUUUCUUCUAAAUGAAGUUAAAAAAGGAAUCCUAGGAAGUGCAGGUAGCAGAGUGGUGAGAGGAUAAAUGGACUGAUAAAGUUCAUCAAUCAUAAAUAAUAAUUAAUAAUUGUUGCAAUUCA